UAACAGCCCACCUCCCCGGAAGGCCUCAGGGACUCCAGAGAAACUUGAGCCGGUAUCCUUUACUCUGUAGACCCAAACCAGAACCAUGUCACUGCGAGACUGCCAGGCGUGGAAGGAUGCUGGUCUCCCGCUCUCAACCACAAGCAAUGAAGCCUGCAAGCUGUUUGAUGCCACCCUGACCCAGUAUGUCAAGUGGACCAAUGACAAGAGUCUUGGUGGCAUCGAGGGCUGCCUAUCAAAGCUCAAGGCAGCAGAUCCAACCUUUGCCAUGGGUCAUGCCAUCUCUAACGGCCUUGUGCUCAUUGGCACGGGAAGUUCCGUGAAGCUGGACAAGGACCUGGACCAGGCUGUGAAGACGAUGGUGGAGAUCUCCAAAACCCAGACUCUGACACCUCGGGAGCAGCUGCAUGUGUCUGCAGUGGAGACGUUUGCCAAGGGGAACUUCUCCAAAGCUUGUGAUCUUUGGGAACAGAUUCUCCGGGACCACCCAACAGACAUAUUGGCCCUGAGGUUUGCCCAUGAUUCCUACUUUUACCUGGGCUACUUGGAGCAGAUGCGGGAUUCUGUGGCUCGAGUUUACCCCUUUUGGAAACCUAACGUCCCUCUUAACAGCUACGUGAAAGGCAUCUAUUCUUUCGGACUGAUGGAAACCAACUUCUAUGACCAGGCACUAAAGCUUGCCAAAGAGGCUUUGUCUGUUGAGCCAAAAGAUGCAUGGUCAGUGCACACUGUUGCCCACGUACAUGAGAUGAGAGCCGAGAUCAAGGACGGCAUGGAGUUCAUGAAGAACACCGAAGACCACUGGAAGGACUCUGAUGUGCUCGCUUCCCAUAAUUAUUGGCACUGGGCCCUGUACUUUAUUGAGAAGGGAGACUAUGAGACUGCGCUAACCAUCUAUGACAGCCAUAUCAUCCCGAGACUGCAAGCCAAAGAAACCAUGCUGAAUGUGGUGAACUGCUCUUCCAUGCUCUACCGUCUUCACAUGGAAGGGGUGCCCCUUGGCCAGCGCUGGCAGGCUGUCCUACCUGUGAUUAAGAAGCAUACCCGAGACCACAACUUUCUGUUCAAUGAAGCUCACUUCCUGAUGGCCUCCCUGGGUGCACGGGACCUCCAGACCACACAGGAGCUGAUGACUACCCUGCAGGAGGCCAGCAAGUCCCCUGGGGAGAACUGCCAUUACAAGUUGGCACAAGAUGUGGGGCUGCCCCUGUGCCAGGCCCUUGUGGAAGCUGAGAACGGGAACCCUGACCGAGCCGUAGAACUUCUCUUGCCAAUCCGCUACUGAAUUGUCCACAUUGGGGGCAGCAAUGCUCAGAGAGACGUCUUCAACCAGCUGCUGAUCCAUGCGGCCAUCAACUGCACCUCCAGCGCCCAUAAGAAUGUGGCCCGGAGCCUUCUGUUGGAGCGUGAUGCCUUGAAACCCAACUCACCCUUGACUGAGAGGCUCAUCCGCAAGGCAGCUACUGUCCAUCUUAUGUAGUGACCCAGGUCAAGUCCUUGGUCUACAGCUCAGCACUGACCUCCUGGCAUUGGGUUGACUUGUCUGGUUGGGUUAGGGUUUAGAAACAGAGGAUGAGGUUCAGUCCUGAGCAGAAUUCUCCAAAUCAGCAAUUUGGUAGAAAUAUGGGACACAAAUUAAUUUUGAUUGAUAAUCAGAAUUCCUGUCAGGGCCACCAUGCAUUUUAAGCCUCUGGAACCCAAGCAGUGCUAUUAUAUGUAGAUGCCUUGAACAUUGGAUUUUCUUGUCCUGAGGCUGGCAGUCAGAGCAGAGCUGUGGCCAGCUCAGCUGAGAGGUAUAGAAAUGCCUUCCACAUAUAACGGGUACUAGUGAAAGCUUUUCAUUUAUUUUUUUCUUAUAUUCUAUACAGGCUCUGCUGUCCCAUUUCCCUGGUGGUGGGGAACUCCAGUGAGCUGCCUGGGGUCCCAGCUAGCAGCGGAUUUUCCCUUUGAGUGGGGGAGGGGACUCUGCUUCAUUGGCUUUGGUUGUCAGCCCCAGACUGCUGCACCUGCCACCAUCCCCAAAGAUGAGGGGAAGGAUGGCUUCUGUGUCCCUGGGGGGAUUUGGUGGUGCUGACUGGAGCUUCUCUGAAACUGCACAUGGGAGUGAAUCUUGAGGGGUGUGGCUUCCCUGGCAGACCUCUGAUUCUGCUCUUAUGAGUAGGUCUGAGUCCUGAGCCCAGAGCUGCUCUGCUAUGGCAAAUAAUGAGAACCCUGACAUGGCUGCCACAAGACUUCAACCCAUCUCCUGCUUCCGUGACUGGGACAUCCUCCUGGAAGUGCUGGUGCAGGCUUGAUGCUUCCUCUGGAAGGACAGGUGCCAAUGCAAAGAUGUUCCUCAGGUCCCUUCAGUUCCCACUCAAGUGUGGAUUGAUUGGGCAGGUCUCCCAGGGGAUAUGGAGGUCUCCACACCCCCAAGCUUUGCUCAGUCUGCCCUGACCUGGACAAUUUCUGGGCAUUAAAAUCAUUUAACUGGUUCUUGUGACUAUUCAAUCCUAUGGGCACCUGUGAGCAUCUCUCUCCUAGGUGCCAGGUUUGGGUUGGGUCCUUGGGAGAUGGGCUUCUCCUUUUGAUUUUCAGUGGACGGUCAGCAAGUCAAGAAAUUGUAUAAUUGCUGUAGGAUUUUAAGAGGUACUGUCUCACUGGGACAGGCGCCCAGGGCAGAGCCUCCGCAUGAUUUUUUUUUUUUUUAAAUCGGAUUCCAAGUAAUAAUGAUUUACCCUGGAAGCAGAAGCCUUCCUCCCUCUUUCAGGAGCCUGUCACCCUGGCUGUGGGCUGGCGACAAUGCCUUCUCUUUGCUUGACGGCCCUCAGCACCUGCUCUUGGUAUUACACCACUUUCUGCUAUGAUUUCUCUCUGGUCAGGAAGCGUAAGCUCUGUACCACCCAGCUACUCGGUGGCUUCCACUGAAUCCCUGCCUGUAAAAGCUGGUGUGUAGGCUUUAAUGAAGAACAGCAUGAAUCUACCCAGGACAGACGCUGAUUUAAAGAGAAAGUGUGUGUGUCUGUGUCUGUGUGUGAAGAGAUGGCCCCAUAGUUAAGAUCAGAUGUUGCUCUUCUAGAGGACCAGAGUUCAGUUCCCAGCACCCAGGUGGCAGCUCACAACUGUCUGUAACUCCAGCCCUCAGGGGAUCUAACACCCUCUUCUGGCCACUGUAGGCAUCUGCAUUCUUUUACAUAUUCACACAUCAACAAAAAAGGAAUAAAAGUGUAUUGGUAAAGCCUAAAAAA